AUGACGGUAUCGUGUCGCGCGUCAUACGAGAGCACCUGGUCUGAACUCCUUCCACGUCUACUUCCCUUUCUCUCCACAACACACUCGACUACUGAGCAUAUACCGAGCAUUGCUUCCACCGAUAAGGCGAGGAAUACCGCCAGCAUGGACGUCGACAAAACCUCAUUCUACCCGCUUCUGCUGGACAUCCUCACCGACAUCUCCGAUGCAGCCUUCGUCACCAUAGAUCUCGAGCUCUCCGGCAUUCCCACCAAGGACCCUGCCGCCGGUAAACCUACCCUUCAACAGCGAUACUUGGAAACGAAGGAAGCAGCUGAGCGGUAUCAGAUACUGCAAAUCGGCAUUACCUGCGUGGAGCAAGAUGCCUCAAGUGGCAAAUACGUUCUGAAGCCUUACAACUUCGACCUCAGUCCAGUGAUCAAUGAGCGCGGAUUGGACGUCGAGCGGAUCUUCUCCUAUCAAUCUGGAGCAGCCGAGUUCCUUCUCAAGGUGGGAUUUGACAUGGGCCGUCCGUUUACACAUGGCGUUCCAUACUUAUCUCGCGCCGAGUCAAAAACUGCGCGGGAGAAGUUCGUGAAGAGGAAUGAUCGAGGUGCCGUGGCAGACAUUGCAAUCAAGCCUACCGAAGUCGAGUCCUUGGCCUUUCUGGCUCGUGUCAGGUCGCAAGUAGACGAAUGGGUGGCGUCCACCUCUAUGAAAACGCCGGAGUAUCUGAAUAUUGUGCCUUUCGACUCAGACAACGUAAGCAAUGAGCAGAAGCAGGAAGAGCUGUCACGUUUCGAGAAGCGUCUGGUCCAUCAAAUUGUCCGCGCGGAGUACCCUGAGCUCACGACUAUCAGUCGGCGAGGUAUGAUUCAGGUUAUCAAAUUUGACCAGGAGCGAGAAGAUCGGAUUGCCGAGGGACGCAAGCGUGAUCUCGAGGAACGCAUUGCCCGUCAGAAGGGCUUUAGGUGGAUCAUCGAUGCUAUGCAUGGUGGUAACAUCACCAGCCUUGAUUUGCGGGAAUGCGCGAGGGAUAGCGUGACAGGAGAGUACAUCUUUGUCAACAUGGAUGACAUGAAGGGACAGUUCCACCGUGCACAAGCAUUGCUGAGGAACAAUCCGAAGGUCCUGGUCGGCCACAACUGCUUCCUCGACUUGGUCUACAUCUACCGCACCUUCAUCGGCACCCUCCCAGACACCGUCGAGGAGUUUCAGAGAAAGCUUCACAAGCUUUGGCCCGUCAUCGUGGACACCAAGUACAUGUCAACGCACAAUUGCGGUGACAUCAGUCCAGCUAGCUCGCUUGAGCAAAUUGCCGAGCAGUUGAGCGCUUUCCAGACCCCCGGCGUUGAGGUCGACCCUCAGCACUCGAAAUAUACAGAUCUCGCUGCCUUCCACGAGGCCGGAUACGACAGCUUCCUCACGGCUCAGGUGGCGGUGCGGCUAUCUGCGAAGCUGGAACGUGAAGGCGCCUACGUGGAUGACGAUGCACACGGGGCUGAGCUGAAGGACGGUAUGGCGGCUGUGAAGUUGACGGAGAAGGCACUCGACCAUCAGAGCGCAGCGAACGGAUCGAAAGCAAAUGAACAGCAGGUCAAUGGACAGGCGGAUGGGACAGACAGUCUUAGAGAGGCAAACGGCUUCACUCCGUCCGUCCCUGGGCACAAGUGGAAGCGAACGGGUGAGCCGACGCUGGAGGCUGCGCCAGAAGGAGACUUCUUCGAGUACGAUCCCACGGACCGCAAGCCUCGCGGGCAGUCCAUCGGCACGACCAUUCCGGGUGGAAUGCCUCGCUUUGGCAGCGACUUCUGGCGCGUCUACGGCAACAAGCUCCGCGUGUUCGGCACGCAAGAAGGCGUGUGCCUCUUCGGUCUGGCGAACCCACUGCUCGGUUUCGUCUCAGCAGCCGCUGGUUCAGCGCCGGUCUCUCCACCACCUCCCAGCAUCUCCGCUGUAAUCUCACUCGGCUCCGUCGCCUCCAGCGACUUCGAAACCACAAUUUGUGCGUCCCUCUCCGCCACAAUCCUCGUCCAACUUUUACUCGUGCUGUAA